AAAUAAAUUUAUUUUCAAAAGCGCGCAAAAAUUCAUCGAGAGUGAAAAAACAAUGGCUCAAUCUAACUGCAUAAAUUCUCCGACAACUCUCGCCGGAAAGCUCUCUCUCAGAGCAAACUCUUCAUCCGUUUCCUCAGGCUUUCUUAAAACAUUCACCUCUAGCAAGUUUAAUAGUAGAAAGUUUUGUACAAUGAGAAUUUCUGCGUCAUCGUUGCCUUCUUCAGUUUCCGGCGGGCCCCCGAAAUCGCUAUUGUUGGACAGCAGUGAACGAAAGAACGAAUUGAUGGAUGCUAUCAAGAGCUCUCUUUCCAAUUGUCUAUCUGAAACUCAUCUUGAUUCUGCUGUUCCCGGUCUCCAUUCCAAGACCAGAGGCAAGGUGAGGGAUAUAUAUGAUGGAGGAGACUACCUUGUCCUUGUCACAACUGAUAGGCAGAGUGCUUUUGACAGGGUUCUUGCUUCAAUUCCCUUCAAGGGGCAGGUACUGAAUGAAACUAGUCUGUGGUGGUUUAACCAAACUCAGCACAUUAUCCCGAAUGCAGUUGUGUCGUCUCCGGACAGGAAUGUAACAAUUGCAAAGAAAUGUUCUGUUUUCCCUGUUGAAUUUGUUGUCAGAGGUUAUGUAACCGGAAGUACUGAUACAUCACUUUGGACUGUCUACCAAAAGGGUGUCCGAAACUAUUGUGGGAAUGCGCUUCCUGAUGGGAUGGUGAAAAACCAAAAGUUGGCAGCAAAUAUACUCACACCGACUACUAAAGCAGCAGAUCAUGAUGUUCCCAUAACACCCGAAGAGAUUAUUCGGAGCGGAUUGAUGUCUGAAUCCGACUAUAUUGAAGCCAGUAAAGCAGCACUAAGUCUGUUUGAGUAUGGUCAGCGCAUUGCACGGGAGCACGGCCUGAUUCUGGUGGAUACUAAAUACGAAUUUGGUAAAGGAUCUGAUGGCGCAGUGCUCUUGAUAGAUGAGGUGCAUACACCGGACUCGAGCAGGUAUUGGAUAGCCGAUUCUUAUGAAGACCGCUUUCAUAAGGGUCUUGAACCUGAAAAUAUCGACAAGGAAUUUCUGAGGUUGUGGUUCAAAGACAAUUGCAAUCCUUACGAGGACGAGGUUUUACCCGAAGCACCCGAGGAGCUCAUCUCUGAAUUGUCUUGGCGGUAUAUCUUCUUGUAUGAGACGAUCACGAAAUCGAAAUUCGAACUGCCCUCGACUAAGGAACCUAUACAUGACAGAAUAGCCUCGAAUGUUUCUCACGCGCUCUCAUCUCUUCCGUAGAAAACAUCCGAAUUUUCGUCCUCGUUCGGGGCUGUGAAACCGUCGGCGUUAAAGCUCUCUAAUAUGUCCUUGCCUAUGAAGUCGAGAAAGCUGUGGUGUGUACUUUGCAGUUAGAAUUUUGGUUAGAAUUGUUUACGUUCAUAUUUUAUUUUGAAAAUCGAAUAUUUUGUUUUUCCC